GCCAUGUAAAUCAGUCACAUGACCUCUUUAACAUUACAGAAGAGCAAACAUGGCGACGGCUAUGUACUUGGAACACUACCUGGACAGUCUUGAAACAUUGCCGACAGAGUUGCAAAGAAACUUCAACCUUAUGAGAGACUUAGACCAGCGCACUCAAGAUCUUCUGAAAGACAUUGACCACUUAUCUGAAGAGUACUUAAAAAAUGUUAGAGGAAUGUCGUCAGAGAAACGGACUCAAAAACUAACAACUAUAGAAGGCAAAUUCUCCAAAAGCAGGGAAUAUGGUGAUGACAAAGUACAGCUAGCCAUGCAGACAUAUGAAAUGGUCGACAAACAUAUACGAAAGUUAGAUGCUGACUUGGCAAGGUUUGAAGCAGAUCUGAAAGACAAGAGCUCAGCUGCUAAGCUCAAAGCAGACUCAGAUUCAGGCAAAAAGAAUAAAGAUAAAGACAAAAAGAAAAGAAAAAAGGAAGAAUAUGAUGAUGAAAUUCCCAAAAAGAAAAAGAAGAAAGGCCAGCAAAGUCCUCCAGAAGAGGUGGUAUCAUCAAUACCAAUCUUGUCAACCUUGUCCAUCACACACCCCUCAGAUGUCCUUGACAUGCCUGUUGACCCCAAUGAACCAACAUACUGUCUUUGUCACCAGGUGUCAUAUGGGGAGAUGAUUGGCUGUGAUAACCCAGAUUGCCCCAUUGAGUGGUUCCACUUCGCUUGUGUUGGGUUGACAGUGAAGCCCAAAGGGAAAUGGUUCUGUCCGCGAUGCACAGAAGAAAGGAAGAAAAAAUGAACUGGAUCAACAUCAGAGUGCAUGCAGAACUGAAUUGGAAUCAGAACACUGUAUAGAAAGUCUGUCCGGUUCUUAUACUGGCUCAGCCUGAACAUCUAGUACAGAAAAACAGUUUACAAGGAGUGCAUGUGUGUCCAUAGAACUUGAUAACUUAUUCUAUUUAUUUGAUAUCAGCACUUGAUCAAAGAUCAAGCUUUUGAUGGUAGAAUUAGAUAUCAUUAUGAAAUGUAUUGAACAAUGCUGUUUUCUUUAGAUCUGAGAAGUGUGCCCAAAUAUUUGAAGCGUUCAGUUAUUUUUAUUAUCAGAUGCACCAUUGUACUUGUCACUGAAAACAAAUGGCAUUCACACAAGAGUAUUAAGAUGAUUCCUUUACUAACAAAUUGUUUUUAUGCUCUGUAUUCAGAGAUUCAAGGGCAUAUAGUUUUUUGUCUGUCUGUCUGUUUGUCCACAAAAACCUUAACCUUAGCCAUAACUUUUGAAUGGUUAGUAAUGGGGCUUUCAUAUUUCAUAUACAUGUAUGUAUUCCUUUUGACAAGACUUUUUUUGGUACCAAAAUUUAUUACCUUCUGACCUUGGAGUUUGACGUACUUUUGAAAAACUUUAAUCCAGGCCAUAACAUUUGAAUGGUUAGUUCUGUAAUUCUUUCAUAUUUCACAUGUGUAUUCGUUUUGACAAGACCUUUCUUUUGGUACCAGAAUUACUUUGCUGCCGUACGGAGGGCAUUAGUGUUUCGCAAACACCUCUUGUUACUGUACACAUUGUUACUGAUUGAUGUCUCGUUAAAUGUCAGAAUCGUGUUUUUCUUCGAUUCAUGAGGAAUUAACAUUUUCUUAGCAAUAUAGUAUUUUCAUUGCAACAAUUGAGUCCAUGAUUGGUAAUAAUAUUGUUGGAAUGCAUUACAAUAUUUUGUGUAAUUUCAUUUUUGCACGGUAUUGGAUUGAUUGCACUUCUCUAUGUCAUUAGUUUUGACCAUGGUAGUCAUUUUAAUACUGGAAUCAAUGAACAUUGUACGCUAAAUAAUCAGAUAACAAUAUUUCAUCAAGGUUACUCUAUAACUUUGUCAAUGGUAUACACAUUUAUCAUGUUUCCGGUUCAAUUGACUAAUGUUAAGGAAAGUUAUGGCCCUUGAAUUUAAAAAAAAAAGGAAUCCCGUGCAUUGAAGGUUUCUUUAGAAACAUUUUUCCCACUAAGUUUGCAGAUACAUGUAUAAUUGAAUUUGUAGAGUUCAUAAUUUUCAAUAUGGCUGCAGAUAUUGAGCCAAUAUUUGGUGUGUAUUUGUAUAUUGACAAGUUAAAAGAUGAAAUGCAAAUGGAUGCUUUAAAACAGAGUUAUGUCCCUUGGACUUUUCUCAACAUUUUUUAAUUGUUUGCAGAUUGUGAGCUAACUGUUUCUGUGUCAUUGUAUGCUUGUACUUAAGAGGUAAAUCAAAUUUUUACUGUAAUUUAAUUACUUUUCAUCAAAUAUAUGGUCCUUGGAUAUAGAAAAUUUCUUCAAAGUUUUGUAAACUGUUUUCACUAUGCCUGCAAAUACUUAUAUAUUGAGCUGAUGUUUUGACAUAACAUAGAUAUACAUGUAUAUUAAAAAGUUACAGAAUAAUUAAUGUUUUUCUGCAAUUGAUUUAUUUUUUAUCAGAGUUAUGGCCUGUUGGCUCUUCAGACAACUUGAGACAAGCAGAUGUUGAGCUUUUUUUAAAAGUAGAAAUAUGAUGAUUUGCAGCUCAAACUCAUCUUUAGUUUCAAUUGAGGGGGUAAUUUUCACUUAAACACCAUUUUACUUGGCCAGCGAGCAUUCAUGUCAUACUGACAUGCAUUAUUUAGUUUCUUCUAGGGAUUUUUCUCUCCGUCACCAUGGCCAAAGAUCUCGCACAUUUCAGUAUUUAUAGAUGAUUUAAAUUUGUGCUUCAUCGUUAAGUGAAUCCUGUGUUUUGAGUUAACCCAAGAAGAGGGGUACUUCCGCUGGAAGAUGUUUUUGUUGUUGCUCCAUUGACAAGCAUUUUAACAGUUUUACUGUAGUUGACAUUAUUUACUUGUUCAUUAUUUUGGACUUUGACCACACAGUCACUAGUUCGUACCUGUUUUAUUCACUUUUGUUCGCAUACAGACAAAUCAAUGGUAUACAUGUAUUUUCCCUCAAACAGACCAAAUCUUACGUUAUUUCAUUCAAUUCCGGUCUUCUUUUUUUAUUUUUAUUUUGAGCAAGCUUCUACUGAAGAGCAAUUUCAUUCAAAUGUAUUACAUCUCAGUUUUUGCUUGACACAAAAUAUACCAAUAUAUGCCAUUGUUACUGUUAUGUACAAAAUAAAUCAUUACAAAGCUAUG